AUGGCGCGCAGCACCGGCUUUGCCAUGGCAUGCCACCACAUGGCAGCGCUCACUGACGCCACGCUGCCCGCCCAUUGGUGGACGCGCGACGCUGACCUGGCGCUGCUGCUGGGCGUGGCGGCACACGGGUACGGCGCGUACGAGGCAGUCUAUUUGCAGCUUCGACAGGUGAAGCCAUUGGCGGCUGCAACAUGCAUCAUGCACGUGCCCUCUCACGUAACGGGUGCUUGGAGCGGGACAGCAGAAGCUGUGGGAAUGAAUGCAAGCCACACUGAUGCACAGCUGAUCCACGCUGAUGCACAGCUGAUCCACGCUGAUGCACAGCUGAUCCACGCUGAUGCACAGCUGAUCCACGCUGAUGCACAGCUGAUCCACGCUGAUGCACAGCUGAUCCACGCUGAUGCACAGCUGAUCCACGCUGAUGCACAGCUGAUCCACGCUGAUGCACAGCUGAUCCACGCUGAUGCACAGCUGAUCCACGCUGAUGCACAGCUGAUCCACGCUGAUGCACAGCUGAUCCACGCUGAUGCACAGCUGAUCCACGCUGAUGCACAGCUGAUCCACGCUGAUGCACAGCUGAUCCACGCUGAUGCACAGCUGAUCCACGCUGAUGCACAGCUGAACCACGCUGAUGCACAGCUGAUCCACGCUGAUGCACAGCUGAUCCACGCUGAUGCACAGCUGAUCCACGCUGAUGCACAGCUGAUCCACGCUGAUGCACAGCUGAUCCACGCUGAUGCACAGCUGAUCCACGCUGAUGCACAGCUGAUCCACGCUGAUGCACAGCUGAUCCACGCUGAUGCACAGCUGAUCCACGCUGAUGCACAGCUGAUCCACGCUGAUGCACAGCUGAUCCACGCUGUCGCGCAGUCACGCCACACUCGUUCACCCAUCACAUCACGCACCUCCCUGCCCCACUCUUGGCGCCCGCCUUUACUCUUUUCCGCCUCCUUUAUUCCCCUCAACUCUCCCCUCCCCCCACCCCAGCUGGCCAAAAAGCCUCAGGCACCGCCCGCCCUUGCAGAUCCGCCCCCCGCCUUCACCCCCGCCCACUUCAAGCGCGCCCUCCCCCCUGCUGCCGACGCCUGGGCUGCCCCCGGUGCCGCUGCUGCCGCUGCUGCUGCUGCCGCCGCUGCUGCCCCUGGUGCUGCCUCCCCUGGUGGUGCGCAGGGGGGGGUGGGGUCGGCGUGGAGUCGCAAGGAGAAGCUCGAGCUGCUGCGCCUGCUCAUGCUGUGGGGGCUGCCCGCUGUGAGUGGCUCAUGCUGUGGGGGCUGCCCGCUGUGA